CUCCAACCAAAACUCAACAGUCACGCGCAUGCAAACAACUCGAGCUCUAGUCAGUCCAAUCCGACGCGACCCGAGCGGAGACGGAGACUCCAUGGAAGCCGCGGCGGUCAUGGAGCGCGAGCGCCUCACGGCCGAGGUGGACUUUGCCGAGGCCGCGGCGGAGCCCAGCAGCUUCGUGGUCAAGAUCCGGCGCCGGCUGCCGGACUUCGCGCGGAGCGUCAACCUCAAGUACGUCCGCCUCGGCCUGCGGUCCGGCGGCCUCCCCGCGCCCUCGUCCUGGGUUCUGCUCGCGCUAGCGCCGCCGCUCCUCGCCGCGGCGGCCUGGUCGUUCGCGCGGCUCGAGCUCAACGUCGGCGUAGACAGGAUGUACUCGCUCGACCUGCUCACCUGUGUCGCGUGGCUCGGCGCAGCGGUGCUGCUGCUCACCGUGUACUAUCUCAAGCGGCCCCGGCCGGUGUACCUCGUGGACUUCGCGUGCUACAAGCCCAGCAACGAGCACGCCAUCUCCAAGGACGGCUUUCUGUCCGCCGGUUCUAACAUUCUGGACAUGAACGAGAGCACAGGCUUCUUCGACGCCGAGGCGCUCGAGUUCCAGACCAAGAUCACGAAGAGCUCCGGGCUCGGCGACCGGACGUACCUUCCGCCGGGCAUCCAGGCUCAGCCGCCGCGGCUGUCCAUGGGGGAGGCGCGCGCAGAAGCCGAGGCCGUCAUGUUCGGCUGCCUAGAUGCGCUGUUCGCCGCCACGGGGAUCGACCCGCGCCGCGACGUGCGCGUGCUCAUCGUGAACUGCAGCCUCUUCAACCCGACGCCGUCGCUGGCGUCCAUGGUCGUGCACCGCUACAAGAUGCGCGAGGACGUUAAGUCGUUCAACCUCGGCGGCAUGGGCUGCAGCGCGGGGCUCAUCGCCGUCGACCUCGCCAGGGACAUGCUGCAGGCGAACCCCGGGUGCUACGCCGUCGUGGUCAGCACCGAGAACAUCACGCUCAACUGGUACUUCGGCAACGACCGCUCCAUGCUGUUGCCUAACUGCAUCUUCCGCAUGGGCGGCGCCGCGGCAAUGCUGUCCAACCGCCGCGCCGAUGCCGGGCGCGCCAAGUACCAGCUCCUGCACACGGUGCGUACCCACAAGGGCGCGGCCGACGAGUGCUUCGGUUGCGUGUACCAGCGCGAGGAUAACCGCGGCAAGGUCGGCGUGUCUCUGGCGCGCGAGCUCAUGGCCGUCGCCGGCGACGCGCUGAAGACGAACAUCACCACCAUGGGCCCGCUCGUGCUCCCGCUAUCGGAGCAGCUCAAGUUCCUGAAGUCUCUGGUGGUCCGGCGCGUGCUCCGCGCCCGAGGCACCAGGCCGUACAUCCCAGACUUCCGGCGCGCGUUCGAGCACUUCUGCGUGCACGCCGGCGGACGCGCCGUGCUGGGGGAAGUGCAGCGCAGUCUGGGCCUCGGCGACGCCGACAUGGAGCCUAGCAAGUGCACCCUGCACCGGUUCGGAAACACCAGCAGCAGCUCGCUCUGGUACGAGCUCGCCUACGCAGAGGCCAAGGGCCGCAUCCGGCGCGGCCACCGCGUGUGGCAGAUCGGCUUCGGCUCCGGGUUCAAGUGUAACAGCGCAGUCUGGCGCGCGCUCCACGACGUGCCGCCAGUGCGCGCCGACGGCAACGGCGACCGCGGCGGAUGCAACCCGUGGGUGGACAGCGUGGAGACCUACCCGCCGAAAGCGUACAUCUGAUCACCUUCUCCGUUAGUGAAUGAAUUAAGUCAUUUCUGUGGAUGCAUCCACAACAACUAUAUGAUAAAAGAACACAGCAUUAUAAUUUUA